AUGCUCCCCUGGAGAACCAUUGCACCCCGAGCCGCGAGGCGUUCCGCUUCUGCAUUCGGAGCACCACCCCGCCGCAUCACAUGUGGCGGCACCUUUGGAUCCGCGAGUAGACACCUCUCCGCAACCGCCGCCGCCCGCCAGCUCAACGCAAAGGUCGUCACCGAAGGCGUGCAGUUCGAAGGGCUGACGGGCGUAUCAACCCGUAGAUCAACGCUCCCCCAUUUCUGGCUAAGUCAUGCGCAACUAGGGGAGCAAGACGGUCACGAGAGCUUCUACCCAUGGCACUUUAUCAAGCACUACCUGCAACAUGACCACCGCAGUCCGGAACAAGUCAACUACCACUUCUGGGGCUCCGACGUGGGCGAAAGGCGCCCCGUCGUCGAGUACGACCACCUCAUGACCGACAAGGACGACUCGGGCGUCGCAAAGUUGACAAACCUCAUUCGCGAGUACGGCUUCGCCUUCGUAGACGGAACCCCCUACGACACCCCGGAACCAACACAGCGCGUGCUCGAGAGAAUCGCCUUCAUCCGUGAGACGCACUACGGUGGCUUCUACGACUUCGUCCCGGACCUCGCCAUGGCCGACACGGCCUACACCAACAUCGCCCUCCCGGCGCACACGGACACGACCUACUUCACCGACCCGGCCGGCCUGCAAGCCUUCCACAUGCUCUCCCACGAGGCUCCGCCGGGACAGCAGCUACCCGAAGACGGCAAGCUCGGAGGCGAAUCGCUCCUCGUGGACGCCUUCUACGCGGCGCAGAUCCUGCAAAAGGAAGACCCGGCCGCGUACGAGAUCCUCUCCAAGGUGCGCCUGCCCUGGCACGCGAGCGGCAACGAAGGCAUCACGAUAUCUCCCGACAAGCGGUACCCCGUGCUCGAGGUUGACCCGCAGACGCGGACGCUGCAGCGGGUGCGGUGGAAUAAUGACGACCGCGGCGUGGUGCCGUUUACCGACGACGUCUCGCCGACCGCGUGGUAUGCAGCGGCGCGCAAGUGGGAUGCCAUUCUCCGGAGAUCCGACGUUGAAUUUUGGUGGCAACUGAAGCCCGGCCAGGUUUUGAUCUUUGACAACUGGCGUGUGAUGCACGGUAGGAGUGCGUUUGAGGGCAGAAGACGCAUCGCCGGCGCCUACAUUAACCGUGAUGAUUUUGUCUCCCGUUGGAGAAACACAAACUUCCCCCAUGAACAGGUCCUGAACCAGGUUGUUGGCUGA